AGUUGUUCUUAGGAACCCCCCAUUUUCUUCUCCGUCUCUCAUUGAUCUCGCAAAAUCUCACUCUCUCGAAAAAAAAACUCUUCUCUCUCUUCCUCUCUCUAAAAAUAUUUCUCUAAUGGCGAUUGCUUCAGAGACCCAACCCCAAGAGAAGGCCAGUACUGAGGUAUCAGGAGAAGAGAAGAAGAGAUGGACGCUAAAUGAUUUUGAUAUAGGAAAGCCACUUGGACGUGGAAAGUUCGGUCAUGUUUACUUAGCCAGAGAAAAAAGGAGCAAUCAUAUUGUGGCUUUGAAGGUUCUGUUUAAGAGUCAGUUGCAGCAAUCACAGGUUGAACAUCAGCUCCGUCGUGAAGUUGAAAUUCAAAGUCAUCUUAGGCAUCCCAAUAUAUUGCGCCUUUAUGGUUACUUUUACGAUCAGAAACGAGUUUAUUUGAUAUUAGAAUAUGCAGCCAAAGGUGAACUCUACAAAGAAUUGCAAAAGUGUAAAUACUUCAGCGAAAGACGUGCUGCUACUUAUGUUGCGUCAUUAGCCCGGGCACUGAUUUAUUGUCACGGCAAGCAUGUAAUACACAGAGACAUCAAGCCAGAGAACCUGUUAAUAGGUGCACAGGGUGAGCUCAAGAUUGCAGAUUUUGGUUGGUCAGUGCACACUUUUAACCGCAGGCAGACAAUGUGUGGUACAUUGGACUACCUCCCACCAGAGAUGGUGGAAAGUGUAGAGCAUGAUGCGAGUGUUGAUAUAUGGAGCCUGGGUGUUUUGUGCUAUGAAUUUUUAUAUGGUGUUCCUCCAUUUGAGGCCAAGGAACACUCAGACACAUACAGAAGGAUUGUGCAAGUGGAUCUAAAGUUCCCUCCAAAACCAAUUGUCUCAUCUGCAGCAAAGGACCUUAUUAGUCAGAUGCUUGUAAAGGAUUCUGCAGAGCGCCUACCGUUACAUAAGCUACUUGAUCAUCCCUGGAUUGUUCAAAAUGCUGAUCCCUCUGGCAUCUUCAGGGGUUGAUUUGUCUUUCUCUAGAUGCCUAACUGUUUCAAGGACCAAUGGUGCAAGAUUAUAGAGAAGAACGCAAAGAACCUCCAGGCGAGAGGUCUGUGUGAAUUUGUGAAGAACCGGAUCAUUGUAACUUUUUCUUGUAAGAGCUCAUUCAUUGCCCAUGUUGUCUCCAAGCUCCAUAGAACAAAAAAACUAAUGGUGUGUUGAAUCUAUUUCAUUCAAUUUUAUGUUAAUAUAGGGGCACAUUCUCUUCUUUCUA